UCUCUCUCACACACCGCAGUUGCAUACUAUCAUCGUGCCCGUUUAGCACCUUACGUCCCACAGCGACUCCUCUCCAUCUUACCCACUUCCUUCUUUGGAAGAUUCGGUCGUCAUUAUGUCCCUCUAUCAACGUUCGAAGCACAACGUGAUGCAGGGCUCAGUUCGAACAUGUUCGAUCUAGAAGGGAACAUCGAUGGCGAUUCUAGAGUUGGGCUUGAUGAGAGAGGAGAGGAGGAAGUGAGAAGGAUCAUGCAAGCAAGGGGUGUUACUUUUGACCAAGCUAGGUUGAUUAGACAUAAGGAAUAUCUCGCCCGGAACGGUAUCGAUCCUAACACCGGGAUGCCACUCGAUUCCAAGGCUAUCACUAGGCUCUAA